UGUUUUAAUGCAGGUCAUUUUAAAAUAUUUGCUGGCAUUUUUCACCUUAUUUUGUGGCAUUUUCGCAAUGGAUCCUACAGGAAAACCUUUUCCAGUUCUGAAGAAUGAUAAUUUGCUUCGUGCUGCUCGCGGAGAGCCCGUUGAUCGAAUUCCUGUUUGGGUUAUGAGACAAGCCGGCAGAUAUUUGCCCGAAUUUCAAGAAGUUCGUGCCAAACAUGACUUUUUCGAGGUUUGUCGUACCCCAGAACUCGCUUGUGAAGUUACAAUGCAACCUUUGAGACGAUUCGACCUUGAUGCGUCAAUUAUUUUCUCGGAUAUUCUCGUGAUUCCCCAAGCGUAUGGCAUGACGGUAGAAAUGCAGCCUGGAAAGGGUCCCGUAUUCCCCGAACCACUUGUUGAGCCGGAAGACAUGAAAAAAUUAACCAUCGAGAAUGCCGUCGAGCGUUUGGAUUACGUUGGAAAAGCGAUUACGAUGAUGCGACACAUGCUGGAUGGCAAAGUUCCGUUGAUUGGAUUCACGGGAGCGCCGUGGACUUUAAUGGGUUACAUGAUCGAAGGAGGCGGCAGCAAAACGAUGUCAAAGGCAAAAGCAUGGCUCACGGAAUAUCCCGCCGACUCCAAACGCCUUCUUACCAACUUAACGAACACAAUUGUUGAUUAUCUCUUCAUGCAAGUCAAAUCUGGCGCCCAAAUGUUGCAAGUUUUUGAAUCCAGUUGCGAUCACAUCAGCAAAGACGAGUUUCUCUCAGCAUCUCUUCCUUAUUUAAAAGACAUCCGCGAUAAAUUACACGAAAAAUUAAAGGCAGCUAACAUCGCAACAGUCCCGAUGACAGUUUUCGCAAAAGGCGCCAUGCAUUCCUUGGAAGAAAUGUCAAAGCUCGGCUAUGAAGUCGUCGGUAUCGAUUACUCCAUUGACCCAAUUGAGGCUCGUCAUCGUGUUGGACCGAACGUAACAGUCCAAGGAAAUCUCGAUCCGCAAGACAUGUACAAACCUCCUGAAGAAUUGCGUGAAUUGGUAAAGGAUAUGGUGAAAAAAUUCGGCAAAGAUCGUUAUAUUGCCAAUUUGGGACACGGAAUUACGCCACAAACGCCGAUCGAAAGCAUGUCAGUACUCGUUGAAACAGUACAUGCUCAUCAAAAUUGACUUUCUUGAACAAAAAAUUAGUUCGUAAGUGGUAAUAGGGAUCGUUCGUAAUGAAAAGGAGAUCUGGAGGACACUUGAAAUCGUUAAAUGUACAAAAAUGCAUUGCCAAUAUUUAAAAAGUAGACAAAUAAAAUCAAAAUUAGACCUUUUGUAAUAAAAAUUUGAUCAAAUUCGCACACUUUAGAUGAGAUUGAAGUAUUAAAAGGCAAUUACGA